CGUUGAGCUCGUGUUGUUGCGUUGCAACAUGUCCAUGGCCGAGGUGCAGAAGAGAAUUGACAACCUUUUGUCGUGUCGGAAUUUAUUGAAAGCUAGCGUAGACAAUUCGACAGCUCUUGCCUUGGCUCUCGACAAAACCGGGCCACGACUAGCCGAGUUAGACAAAAAGUUGGCACUAUUGGAAGUGGCUGUUAGGCCUGGAGGUUCCAAAAAUUGCUCUUUUGCCGCUGUUAGAGACCAUAUCAGUCUCGCUCUUGGCCCUGCUGUUGCAGUUUUAAAGAUAUUGGAUUCCAUUCGUGAGCUUGAGAAGUUGCUGUUAUCGGAUUCCGGCCCGGACUCUGAUAUUUUUUCUUACAUUUUAGCCAUUAGACAGUUUGAAGAAGCAAUGAAGUUCCUCACUGGCAACUGCAACUUGGCGAUCCAAUGGUUACAAGGAGUUAUACAGUUCCUGGAAGGUAAUUCUGUCGCAGAUUAUCGAUACAUAUCCAAUGUUAAACGAUCGGUUGCUAUUUUGGAGGAAUUACUAGCAACUGGGGAGCAAGCUCAUCGAAAUGGCAAGCUUCUCUGUCGUGCAUUUGACAAGCUAGAAAUUGCAUUCAAGCAGAGUUUGACGGAGAGUAGUGCUCCAGUUUGUUUAACCAAUUCAUCGCCAUCGACAGCAGAGCUUCCGUGGCCUAUUCUUAGGAAGUUACAGGCGAUCGUGGAGAAACUAAAUGGAAGUAACAGGAUAAAGAACUGCAUAUCCAUAUUCGUCGAAGUCCGGAGUCUGAAUGCUAGAAAGAGCAUGCGAGUUCUCGAUUUGGAUUACCUCCAGAAAGUGAUCAAAGAACACGAUGAUGUCUGGGAUAUGGAGAGUUGCAUACAUGAGUGGAGCAAGCAUAUGGAGUUCAUUGUGAAAUAUGUGCUUGAGAAUGAGCACAGGCUCUGCAAAGAAGUCUUUGGAAGCCUUGCAUCAGGUAUUUGGACGGGCUGCUUUGAGAAGAUUGCAGUCGAAUCCGGAAUUCUUUCGUUCCUCCGGUUCGGAAUGAGCAUUGCCGAGAGUAAAAAGUGUCCUACCAAACUCUUGCAUUUGUUGAACAUCUUUUCGGUUCUUGAAGAUUUAAGAAUGGAUUUCAACAAGCUUUUCGGAGGGGAAUCUUGCAAUGAAAUCAAAAACAUGACAAGGGAUCUCGUCACCAAAGUUGUUAAUGGUGCCAGUGAGAUUUUCUGGGAACUUCCUUUACAAGUGGAGCUUGAAAGACGAAGUUCUCCGCCGAGUGAUGGAGGCAUUCCGAGGCUCGUAAGCUUCGUGACCGAUUACUGUAAUCGGCUGCUCGAUGACAAUACGAGACGAACUUUGACCCAAGUCUUGAGAAUCUAUCAAGGUUGGAAGCAUGAAAAAUACGACGAUGGGCUUGUUACCGACCAGAUAUACAGCAUAGUCAGAGAAAUCGCGGUUAACUUGGACGUUUGGUCGAAAGCCUACGAGCAAAGGGCAUUGUCCUACAUAUUCAUGAUGAACAAUCAUUGUCAUUUCAAUAGUCUUAAAGGCACAAAAUUAGGGGUUUUGAUGGGAGAUUCUUGGUUAAAUGCUAAUGGAAAUUACAAGGAAUACUAUUCAGCUCUCUACUUGAGAGAGACCUGGGGGAAAAUCCUGUCUCGUCUAUGCCAAGACAUUCCGGUUUCAUCAACUAUUUCCGAUUCGCCGAAGAAGAGGCUAAUGGCAUUCAACGCAGCCUUUGAUGACAUGUACAAGAAACAGUUGAAUUGGGUCAUUAUCGAUGAAAGCUUGAGACACAAGAUGCACAAACUUGUGGUUCAGACCUUGGUGCCUGCUUAUACAAGUUGCUUGCAGAAAUAUAGUCUUGCGGUGGAAUACAGUGAUGUAUUUUACACGGUGCAAAGCGUAGAAAACAUGCUUAGCACUGUGUUUAAGCCAAAGCAAGUGAAAUACACGAGCAGCAGCACCAUUGGCUCACACUUCACUGGUAAACAAAGAAAUGCUGUAAUAGACCAAUUUCGCUUUACACUUACUGCUAUGUAAUCAUAUAAGCUUUAUGUAUUUAUGAAUGCGUGAU